CGGAAGAAAAGUGAAAGCAAACGCUCCGUAUGACAAGUGGUUAAAGAAACUUACUCGAAACGGUUUUAUAAGUAUAAUUACUUGUAUAUUUUAAUUACAUUUUAAUUUAAACCAUGUUUGUCCCGAAUGAAAACUCUUCACUCAGUUUCAAAGACUUUACCUUCAUUAUGCCUGCAGUGUCCGUGGGGAACGUGGGGCAACUCGCGACAGACCUCAUCAUUUCGACCCUCAACAUGCCACAAGUGGGAUACUUCCACACCGACUGCCUUAUUCCCAUGGCAGGAAACAAUCCUUAUGCCACACCUGGAGAUAGUUCAGCUGAACUGUGCACGGCAGCAGAAGUUUACUCCUUGCCUGACUUGAAGUUGGCUGUACUGCAGAUUCGGACACCUAUCCUCCAGGCAAAAUACAGACAAUUCCGUAAUCUGAUUACCUCCUGGAUCAAGACAAGCGGCUUUGCUCGAACCAUCAUGUUGUCCAGCAGUCAUGCCUACCAGAGGGAUGACCAGCAGAUCCACAGCACUCCUCUGCGGUACUUGCUGAGCCCUGCCAUGCAGCGCAGGGUUGGGGACAAGCUGCAAGAGCUGGAGUGGAAGGAGAUGGAGAGGGUGGCAGUGUUUCCUGGGAUCAGUGACACAGAGAAAAGGCUCUACAUCCCUGGAGGGGGCAUAACUAAAGGCUUCUACACAGACUGCUGUUCAGAGGACCUCCCACUGGCAGUGGUGCUGAUUUUCUGCUCUGAAGGCGACAACAUCCCUGACGCGUUCAACCUCAUCAACCACCUGAAUGACUGGCUCCAUCUGGUGGACAAACCUAGCAACCCGUCGGCACAGUGGAGGGUCCCCUGCUCCUGGAGGCUGCUCUUUGGCAGUGGCAUCCCCCCAGCCCUCUUCUGAACAAGGGUGCCCCAUCACCCAGCACAAAGAAGAGGGGGGCAGCUACACACCUUGCAAAAUCAUCUAUAUGUCCCGAGGAGACGCCCACAUUCACCCGACCUCGUGCACCAUCUCCAUCUCUGCCUCAGAUGAUGGGGUUUACUUUGUGCUACUCCCCCAGCUUAGUCUCCCUAUCACAGCCACACAUAGGGGUCCUCGGUCCUCAUUCAGUAACGCUGGAGUCAAGAUGGCUGCUGUGCAUAAUACGCUUAUUGGCCUGUGUACACUGAAGGCGAAACUGAAUCCAGUAGUGGAGAUUGUACUUAGUCACGGGAAGCUUGUAUUGUUCAUACUCCUGAAUCUGAUCUGUGUUGUCAUGUGCAAUCUUUAUUUUGCCAAAAAAAAUAUUACACAGUUCCUGUUCAU